AUGUCGCUGAAACAAGAAAUAGAAACCUGGGUGUCGGCCCUGGGCCGAUACGACAACAACGAGUUCGACGAGGCCCUCAAGGACUUUGAGAAGAUCUCCGACACGUCCAAAAUUCUCUUCAACAUGGGCGUUAUCCACGCUACGUUAGGAGAGCAUGAGAAAGCUGUCGAAUGCUACCAACGAGCAAUCAAGUUAGAUCAGUAUCUUGCCGUCGCCUACUUCCAGCAAGGCGUCUCAAAUUUCUUGCUUGGCGACUUUGAGGAAGCACUGGCGAACUUCAACGACACCCUCCUCUACUUGAGAGGCAAUACCAUGAUCGACUACGCCCAAUUAGGCCUGCUUUUCAAGCUGUACUCCUGCGAAGUCCUCUUUAACCGCGGUCUUUGCUAUAUUUACCUGCAACAGAAGGAUGCCGGUUUGCAGGAUUUGACUUACGCCGUGAAGGAGAAGGUGGUCGAGGACCACAAUGUCAUCGACGAGGCCAUCCGGGAAGAGGCAGAGGGCUACACUGUCUUCUCGAUUCCCGUCGGCGUCGUGUACCGACCGAACGAAGCGAAGGUCCGUAAUCUCAAGACUAAGGACUACCUCGGAAAGGCACGCCUGGUCGCCGCCUCCGACCGCUCGAACGCCUUCACAGGCUUUGCCGGGUCUGAAAUCAAGAAUGUAGGCAGAUCGGUUCCCACACCUAUCGUCUUCUAUGGGAAUCAAUUUGCUAAUCAGAGACUUCUUGGGUUACAGGCUGGCAAGAACGAUGUCAAGGAUGACAGACCUGCUGACAACAUCUCUUUCGCCGCUACCAACCUGGUCAAACCCGGGUUGGCUUCAAGAAGACAGCAGUCUGAACCGCCCAAUGGCCGCGGCGUGUUCCCCCCGACGCCCCCGCCCGACCAGGUUGAAGCCAACAAUGGUGGCGGCAUGACCCGUGGACAGUCUGUUCGCAAUGGACCGAAGCCCAUGCUUGCGAAGCUGAACAUUGAUAACUCGAGACCGAACCAGCAAUACCAGAAGACAAGCAGCCCGAAUGACCGCCGGGCGCCGCCUCCCAUGAGAUCUGAGUCUCGGUCGGCCACCCCUAGCAGGGGCUAUUCUAGGCGGGACAUGCAGAUGCGCGGUCGCCCUGCCGAUGAAGAAGUCGAAGAUGCCUAUCCCGACGAGUUGUACGACAUGUAUCAGGGUGGUGGUAACUCUGCCAGCACAAGAACCAGUCGCCAGACCUCCCGCCGUGUUCCGCAACGGUACAUGGAGGACGAGGAAGAUGGCUCCGACUACGGCUCCUUCGACGAGGGAGAUUUCGAGAUGGUUUCUAACAGACGCCCUGGCACAAACUCAAUGUCCUCUCGUGGCGGCUCAAGGAGACCGGAGAUUCGCAAGAUCCGCGUCAAGGUUCACGCCGAAGAUGUCCGGUACAUCAUGGUUGGCGCGGCCGUCGAAUUCCCCGACUUCAUCGACCGCAUUCGGGAGAAGUUUGGUCUUCGCCGCAGAUUCAAGAUCAAGAUUCGUGACGAGGACAUGCCGAACGGUGACAUGAUUACUAUGGGUGAUCAGGAUGACCUCGACAUGGCCAUCAUGUCUGCGAAGAGCCAAGCAAGGAAGGCAAGGCAGGAUAUCGCCAAGAUGGAGAUCUGGGUUCAGGAAAUUUAG